UUCAUUGUCAUUUUUUCUUUAAAUUUCAGGUAUUGCAAAACCCACGUCGCCUUGACAGUCUCUUCUUCUAUCUUCGAAAGCUAUCCGCUUUCUUCUCAGGAAAGAAAAAAGGCCUCUUCAAUUACUACGAAGAUAGUGAAACGAUCAAAAAAAAAAAAAAACCAUGACGACAGUUAUACUGGUAAUUUCGGACCCGCGUUUUGCUUGUUCAGACUCUUCAAUAGAAAUUCGGCGCAUUUCUUGUUCAGACCCUUCACUAUUCCCAUCUUCAGAAGAAGUUUAACCGCUAAAGUUCGCGUUUCUUCUACUGCCUUUGUUGAAACUAAGCCUAUGGAAUCUGUAGAGGUGGAGAAAGAGGACAGUGGCGGUGAAAGCGGUUUAGCUUGUCCCAUUUGUUAUGAACCAUUAACCAGGAUCGGUGACUCCCCUUUAUGCGUAGGAUCGACAGCUGGGUCUAAUUUGCAGUGUAACACUUGCAACAAGACUUAUUUUGGUAACGAAACGCAUCUUGACCUCGUUGCCUCAAGUGGGUGCAAGCAGCAUGAUGAAUCUAUGCCGCUGACUACUGAACUGUUCAGGACUCCUGUGGUAUCGUUUCUCUAUGAGAGGGGAUGGCGUCAAAGUUUUCUAUUUGGUGGCUUUCCAGGUCCAGAGAAAGAGUUUGAUAUGGCUAAGAAUUACCUAAAGCCAGUGCUAGGUGGAAACAUUGUUGAUGCUAGUUGUGGUAGUGGGUUGUUCUCCAGACUUUUUGCCAAGAGUGGAUUAUUUUCACUGGUUGUUGCUCUGGACUUCUCAGAUAACAUGCUGCGACAAUGCUAUGAAUUCAUCGAGAAGGAGGAAAACUUCCCCAAAGAGAAAGUGACCUUGGUCAGAGCUGAUAUCUCUAGACUUCCUUUUAAGUCAAGUUCAGUUGAUGCUGUGCAUGCUGGUGCUGCUUUGCACUGUUGGCCUUCACCAUCAACAGCUGUGGCUGAAAUAAGUCGAGUUCUUCGACCUGGAGGUGUUUUUGUUGCUACAACCUACAUACUUGAUGGGCCUUUUGCGUUUGUGCCAUUUUUGAGGACUUUCCGCCAGAAUAUAAUGGGAAUCGCAGGCAGCCAUAUCUUCCUUUCUGAACGUGAACUUGAAGAUCUCUGCAGAACUUGUGGGCUAGUUGGUUUUACAUGUAUAAGAAAUAGACUUUUUGUGAUGAUAUCAGCUAGAAAGCCCAGCUAACGAGCCAUCUUCCUAAUUACAGUUACACAAUAUAUUGUAGUUUCAAUAAUUUUACAAAGCCAAAUUUGUAAAGCUAUAGAGUGUCUCUUUUCCAAGUUUAUGUUUCUCAUGUUUCAGUUCUUUGGUUUAUAUAGAUGAUUUUUAAUUUGUAAGGGACUUGUACCGUUCACAAACAUGCAAAACAAAUGGAAAGCAAAAAGGUAUAGCGUUGUUUCAUUGAUGCUUAUCCGAAUGUGAUCAAAUUUGACUGUUCAGAUGUUGCCAUAUCAAAUAAAAAUGUAGCUCUUCAAUGUGUGUGCCUUUGAAUUUGUAACUCUUAGUUGCAUUUGGCGGUAAAGGACAGUCUUCUCAUCAUUUUCAUAGGGAUCAAGGUCAACCUCGCCUUCGUAAUCCACUUCA